UGUCGUUCGAACUUGGAGAUCGCCCAGCCCUGAGCCGAUCCCUUUCUUCCCCGAGUCAGCUCAUCGUCAGGGCGCUCCUGAGCGGGUAGUCAGUCACAGGUUUCACGUCUCCGUUUCACCAACUCACGGACGGACUCCACACAAGGACAUCUUCGGGCGACAACUGACUUCAUUCUGAAAUGUUCAGCAAGUGAAAAGUGAAGAACUCAUUCACUCUCCCGCCUGGAGCUGAGGGUCACAAGCCCAGCAUUUGUUACCAAAAUGACCAAACUGCGUGCCGUGCCAUUACUGGCACUCUUCAGCCUAAUUUGUUUCAUACGAGCGCAACAGGAUGACAGGACAAUUGCUGCUGACAUAGUCUUUCUAGUGGAUGCCUCUUGGAGCAUUGGCCAGGAAAAUGUCCAAUAUGUACGGGAGUUUCUGUUCAGGGUUAUAAAGGCUUUUGCUAUUGGAGAAAACAGAUUUCGUUUUGGCCUGGUGCUGUACACGGAAACGCCCCGAUCAGAGUUCCAUUUAAACACAUAUUUUGCGAAGCAGGACAUCCUAUUUCACAUAUGGAACAUGUCUUAUAAGGGGGGUGGCACAAAAACUGGACUAGCUCUAGAUUAUCUGAUCAAGGAGCAGCUCACUAAAGCCAACGGGAGUAGAGCUGAACAAGGAGUGCCACAGAUAAUAAUAGUCUUAACAGACGGACGCUCUCAGGAUGACGUGAUCCCCGCGUCUGCGUCCCUUAAGUCAGCCAAUGUCAUAAUGUUUGCUAUUGGAGUUCAGCGAGCAGUUGAAUGGGAACUAAUGGAGAUUGCGAGUGCACCUUAUGAGAGGUUUGUUUACCGCCUCCAUGACUUUGCCGCACUCGAGGGCAUUGUACACGACUUAGUGACGAGUGUGCAUAUGGCGGCAGCGCAACUAUUAUCUGAUGGGAUAAUAAAAGAUACCACAGCGCAAGAAUCGGCUGACCUAAUUUUCUUAAUUGACGGAUCUGCCAGCGUUGGAAGUGUCAAUUUCCAAUACAUUCGCGAUUUUAUCGUAAAUUUCAUCGACAGUCUCGAGAUCGGCCCUGACAGAAUCCAAAUCGGUGUGGUGCAGUACAGCGACGAGCCCAGCACCGAGUUCUAUUUAAACACAUACUCCACGAAAAUAGAGGUUCUGGAUGCUGUGAAACAACUUCAAGCCAAAGGCGGAGAUGACGUUAAUACUGGCGAGGCUGUGCAAUAUAUAGUCGACAAUCAUUUAAUUGAGUCAGCUGGAAGCAGGGCAACAGAAGGGGUUCCGCAGGCAGUAAUCAUUAUCACUUCUAGCGAGUCGAGUGAUGACAUAAAUCAGGCAGAACUAUUACUAAAGCAAGGUAGUAUAUACACAUUUUAUAUUGGAGGUAGAGAUGCCGACCAAAAAGAACUUGCACAGCUCUCAACCGAUGCAUCUUUUACGGCCUUGAUCUCCGAAUUCCGUGAUAUUGGUCAGUUGCAACAGCAAUUUUUACCAUUGGUCUCAGCAAUGGCCCGAAGGGAAAUAAUUCUUGAACCUCUGGUCUUGUCUGAAGUUCCAGAUAGGAGGCGAGACAUUGUAUUCCUGAUGGAUAGCAGUCGAGCAGUGAAACCUGCGCACAUUUUGAAAAUGCGAGAAUUUAUCUUAAAAGUGGUUACCAAAUUUCCAAUUGGACCCAACGGGGUGCAAGCUGCUGUCGUGCAGUAUAGUGACGCUCAAACCACUGAGUUUUCCUUAAACACUCACGCGACCAAAAGUAGACUCGGCGCCGCUGUGAGGGCGCUGCGUUCGCGAGGUGGGAACGCACGUAAUACUGGGGCCGCACUGGAGUACGUCCACAGAGAACACUUCACCGCAUCCAGUGGCAGUCGAAAGGAGCAAAACGUCCCCCAGUUUCUGGUGCUCAUCACCAGCGGAAGGUCCGCCGAUGCCUAUCGCGUCCCAGCACUGGAAUUGAAGAUUUCUGGCAUCAUGACAUUUGCUGUUAGCGUUGGCCAUAGUGACCCGGUGGAGCUGCAGGAGAUUGCAUUCGCUCCAGAUUUGGUCUUUCAGACAGCAACUUUUCAGAGUCUGAUCCAAUUACCCAAAGAAGUCACCGCAAAGUUGUCCAAGUUGGGCCCUCCAGUAGUGAUUACGGAAGAGCCGACUAUUACCAUCACAACAGUUACAACAACAGUGUUGAUCAAGAGAGAUAUUGCAUUCCUUAUCGAUGAUUCAACUAAUGUUGGGCAGGCAUAUUUCCCUCUUGUCCGUGACUUCAUCAUUAAGAUAAUUCAAUCGCUCAGCAUUGGAAGAGAUGGCGUGCAAGUAGCUAUGGUACUGUACAGCAAUGAUGCAAGAACUGUGUUCUAUCUGAACACUUACACCACCCUAUCUGAAAUUGUCGCCCACUUGAAUGGGCUCAGGCCGAAAGGCGGAAGAACCCUUAACACUGGUGCAGCAUUGGACUAUGUUCAUAAAAACAUCUUUAUCAAAGCCACAGGAAGUAGGAUCGAGGAGGGUGUUCCCCAAAUGGUUUUCAUCAUUACAGCUGGAAGGUCAGUCGAUAAUGUUGGACCACCUGCAGAAGCCCUGGCACAGGAAGGCAUUGCUACUAUCGCCAUUGGAGUGGGUAAUGCAGAUGAGGAAGAGGUGAAGCGUAUUGCGUACCACAGACACAGGGCUUUCCGAGUGGUUAACUUUCAAUCCUUGGAUACCAUCUGGAAUACAGUGAUCUCAUCACUGAUUUACGGAGGAGUCACGGAAAUACCUUCAGCCUUGAAGAAAGACAUUGUCUUCCUAAUUGAUGGUUCAGUUGGAAUGGGGCAAUCAUUUCUUCAAGUCCGUGAGUUUCUAGUGCAAGUGGCCCAGCAGCUUGAUAUUGGACCAGACAGAGAUCAAAUGGCCGUGGUUAGGUACAGUUCUGUCCCAAGCGUCGAAUUUGGCCUUGAUACUUACUUAACGAAAGACGAGGUUUUGGAGGGAAUCAGAAGACUUAUGCCAAAAACAGGAAGAAUCCUCAACACAGGUGCGGCGCUAGACUUCAUCGCCAAGGAUGUCUUCAGCUCAACCGCAGGCAGCAGAAGAGAUAUCGGAGCUUCACAGAUCCUGGUGCUCAUCAUUGCUGGGAAAUCCAGGGAUGAUGUUGGGCCGGCAGCAAGCAGGGUGAAACAAGCUGGUAUUAUGCCCAUUGCUAUCGGAGCCAAGCAUGCAGACACAGCAGAGCUUCAAAAAAUCGUACAUGAUUCAACAUUUGUUUUAACAAUGAGGGACUUCCAAGGUUUAUCAGUCGUGCAACGAGACCUAUUAGAUAAAAUGGCUACAAAGAUUAUUAUUGACCAAGAUGAUGUUAAGAGGGAUGUUGUGUUCGUCAUCGAUGGAUCUGAAAAUGUUAGACCAUUCUUUGCCGCAAUUCAAAAAUUCAUCGUGAGAAUGGUCAACAGCCUUGACAUUGGAAGUGACAAAGUCAGAGUAGGGUUGGUUCAGUACAGCGAAGAUCCCAGAGCCCAAUUCUACCUAAACAGCUACACGACAAAAAGAGAUCUGGUGGAUGUGAUAAAUAACCUCAGCCAAGCUGGAGGGCAAAUUGCCAACACUGGGAAAGCACUGGAGUACGUCAUGCAGAACCUCUUCACUAGAAAUACUGGGAGCAGAUUGAAGGAAGGAGUGCCCCAGUUCUUGAUCCUCAUCACUGCCAGCAGGUCGGCCGAUGAUGUUGGUCAGGCAGCCCUGACACUGAAAGAGGCCGGGGUAGCACCCUUCAGCAUUGGCUCAGGAGACGCAGAUGAAAAUGAACUGCUGCAGAUUUCACUGUCCCCGAGACAUAACUUCAGGGUGGAUGACCUACAGAACAUAGAAUUGCAGCAGUUCGAGGAGUCAUUGAAACAGAUGAGGAUAACCGAGAUCAAGAAUAUCUACACAACUGAGAAAAGAGGUGCUGUUCAGAGGGAUAUUGUGUUCCUCAUCGAUGGAUCUGAAAAUGUCAGACCAGUCUUUCCCGCAAUUCAAAGAUUCAUCUCGAGUGUGGUCAACAGCCUUGACAUUGGAAGUGACAAAGUCAGAGUAGGGUUGGUUCAGUACAGCGAAGAUCCCAGAGCCCAAUUCUCACUAAACAGCCACACGACAAAAAGAGAUCUGUUGGAUGCAGUAAAUAACCUCAGGCAAGCAGGAGGGCAAAUUGCCAACACUGGGAAAGCACUGGAGUACGUCACGCAGAACAUCUUCACUAGAAAUGCUGGGAGCAGAUUGGAGGAAGGAGUGCCCCAGUUCUUGAUCCUCAUCACUGCCAGCAGGUCGGCCGAUGAUGUUGGUCAGGCAGCCCUGGCACUGAAAGAGGCCGGGGUAGCACCCUUCAGCAUUGGCUCAGGAGACGCAGAUGAAAGUCAACUGCUGCAGAUUUCACUCUCCCCGAGAUAUAACUUCAGGGUGGAUGACCUGCAGAACGUGGAUUUGCAGCAGCUGGAGAGGCCCUUGAAACACAUGAGGAUAACCGAGAUCAAGAAUAUCUACACAACUGAGAAAAGAGGUGCUGUUCAGAGGGAUAUUGUGUUCCUCAUCGAUGGAUCUGAAAAUGUCAGACCAGUCUUUCCCGCAAUUCAAAGAUUCAUCUCGAGUGUGGUCAACAGCCUUGACAUUGGAAGUGACAAAGUCAGAGUAGGGUUGGUUCAGUACAGCGAAGAUCCCAGAGCCCAAUUCUCACUAAACAGCCACACGACAAAAAGAGAUCUGUUGGAUGCAGUAAAUAACCUCAGGCAAGCAGGAGGGCAAAUUGCCAACACUGGGAAAGCACUGGAGUACGUCACGCAGAACAUCUUCACUAGAAAUGCUGGGAGCAGAUUGGAGGAAGGAGUGCCCCAGUUCUUGAUCCUCAUCACUGCCAGCAGGUCGGCCGAUGAUGUUGGUCAGGCAGCCCAGGCACUGAAAGAGGCCGGGGUAGCACCCUUCAGCAUUGGCUCAGGAGACGCAGAUGAAAAUGAACUGCUGCAGAUUUCACUGUCCCCGAGAUAUAACUUCAGGGUGGAUGACCUGCAGAACGUGGAUUUGCAGCUGCUGGAGAGGCCCUUGAAACACAUGAGGAUAACCGAGAUCAAGAAUAUCUACACAACUGAGAAAAGAGGUGCUGUUCAGAGGGAUAUUGUAUUCCUCAUCGAUGGAUCUGAAAAUGUCCGACCAAUCUUUCCCGCAAUUCAAAGAUUCAUCUUGAGUGUGGUCAACAGCCUUGACAUUGGAAGUGACGACGUCAGAGUAGGGUUGGUUCAGUACAGCGAAGAUCCCAGAGUCAACUUCUACCUAAACAGCCACACGACAAAAAGAGAUCUGGUGGAUGUGGUAAAUAACCUCAGGCAAGCAGGAGGGCAAAUUGCCAACACUGGGAAAGCACUGGAGUACGUCACGCAGAACAUGUUCACUAAAUCUGCUUCGAGCAGAUUGGAGGAAGGAGUGCCCCAGUUCUUGAUCCUCAUCACUGCCAGCAGGUCGGCUGAUGAUGUUGGUCAGGCAGCCCUGGCACUGAAAGAGGCCGGGGUAGCACCCAUCAGCAUUGGCUCAGGAGACGCAGAUGAAAAUGAACUGCUGCAGAUUUCACUGUCCGCGAGAUAUAACUUCAAGGUGGAUGACCUGCAAGAAUUGAAUUUGCAGCAGCUGCAAAGGUCAUUGAAACAGAUGGGGCUAUCUGAGAUCAAGAAUAUCUACACAACUGAGAAAAGAGAUUCUGCAAGGAGAGAUGUGGUGUUCCUUAUUGAUGGGUCAGAGAAUAUCAGAAACACCUUCCCUCUAAUUAAAAACUUCAUCAAGGCAUGUGUCAACAAUCUUGAUGUUGAAAGUGACAAAGCCCGAGUCAGUGUCAUCCAGUUCAGCGAGGAUCCCAGAGCCAACUUCUUUUUGAACACCUUCAAAGCAAAGGAGGAGGUGAGGGAUGCCAUUGAUAAGCUCAGGGUCAAAGGAGGAAGCAAAACCAACAUUGGCAAAGCCCUGGAUUAUGUUACGAAUAAUGUCUUCACGACAUCUGCUGGAGGCAGAGAGGAGGAAGGUGUCCCACAGUUCUUGAUCCUGUUCACUGCCAGCAGGUCGACCGACGAUGUCAGUCAGGCAGCCCUGGCAAUGAAGCAGGCUGGCAUCGGGCCAUUUAGCAUCGGUUUUGCAGAUGCGGAGGACUAUGAGCUCCGACAGAUUUCAAUGGGCCCCAAGUACACCUUCAAGUUAGAUGAUCCACGGAGAGUGGACACUCUCCAGCAACAGCUUCAGUCAUCGUUGACAGUGCUGGACAAAACCCAGAUCAGCAAAAUCAUACAGGAUGCUCCUGAAGUUACACAACCCACUCCGCAGAUGCCCAAGAGAGAUAUUGUAUUCCUUGUCGACGGAUCAGAUCGGGCCCAGGCAUCAUUUCCUCUGCUCAAAACGUUCAUGACCAACGUGGCAACAAACCUCGACAUCGGGAGGGAUAGGAUCCGACUGGCUGUUGUGCAGUAUGGUGACAAUCCCGCACCUGAGUUCUUACUAAAUACAUACACUCGGAAAUCUGAUGUGGUGCAAGCCAUCAGAGGCUUGAAGCCCAAAGGUGGCAGAGAAAGCAAUACUGGCAGAGCCUUGGAGUAUGUCAGAAGAAGUGUAUUCACAAGGACAGCCGGAAGUCGGAAGGAUGAUGACGUGCCUCAGUUCCUGAUUCUUCUCACCGCAGGCGCAUCAUCCGAUGAUGUCAGGCAGGCAGCACAGACACUAAAAAAGGCAGGCGUAGCUCCCUUCACUAUCGGAACGGGGAACGCCGAUAUAACUGAACUGCAGCAGAUCUCUUUGUCUCCUGAUUACGUCUUCAAAUUUAUCGAUUUGCAAAACAUCGAAAGUAUCAGGCAAUACUUUAUCGAUCCCUUGACCGAUCUAGAAACCGAUCGUAUCACUGAAAUCAGGGACUCCCAAGGUGCCAAUACCGGCAAGAGAGAUAUUGUCUUCGUAUUCGAUGGGUCGGACAAUGCGAGAUUAGCAUUUUCUGCGUUGCGCUCCUUCAUUUCUGCAACGGUGGAUAAAAUGGUUGUCGGGAUUGACGAAGUCCGUGUUGGCGUGGUACAGUAUAGCGAUGAUGCCAGAGUAGAAUUCCUCUUAAAUGCGCACUCCACGAAGCGCGAAGUUGUAAAUGCAAUCAACAACCUGCAACAUAAAGGCGGGCGUGAGAUUAGAAUUGGCGAGGUGUUAAACUAUGUCAAAAGCAACGUUUUCACCAGGGCUGGUGGGAGCAGAAUCGACGAGGGCGUGCCUCAGUUCCUGGUGCUACUCACGGCUGGUAAAUCAGCUGAUCCAGUUGCACGGGCAUCACUGGCACUGAAGGAAGCUGGUGUGGCAACUAUCGGCAUUGGAUCCAGUGACGCAGAUGACGAAGAUCUCCGACAUAUUUCGCUAUCUCCCAAGUACAUUUACAAGAUCGCGGACCUGCGGAGAGUGAUGAGCUUACAACAGCAAAUAUUUGAACCGUUGACUAAACUGAAUGCGGUGACGAUACGUCAGGUCUACCAGCAGCAUCCAGUGGAAACUUCUAGUGGUGACAAGAAAGACAUUGUGUUUUUAAUCGAUGGGUCUAGCAAUGUUGGGCCUCAUGAUUUUGCCUACAUUCGUGAUUUUAUCCAGAACAUAAUUAAUAAUCUUGAUAUUGGAACCAACGCAGUUCGUGUUGGUCUGGCACAAUAUAGCAACAAUGGGAAAACUGAGUUCCUCUUGAAACUACACACAAAGAAAGAAACCCUUCAAAAUGCCAUACGGCGAAUUAGACCAAAAGGAGGUGACCCUCUGAACAUGGGGAUAGGUUUGGACUUUGUCAUGAAAAAUCAUUUCACCAGACAGGCUGGAGGUAGAAAGGACGAAGGAGUUCCCCAGUAUCUGAUCAUCAUCAACGGAGGAAAAUCCAGAGACAAUAUUCAACGUUACUUAGGGCCAUUAAAAAAUUCAGGAAUUCAUGUUUUUGGCAUAGGCGCAAAGAAUGCGGAUGCUAGUCAACUCCGACGAAUUACAACAGUUAAUUAUGGUACCUUCAUGGUCAAUAACUUUCAGGAACUUAAAAGUGUAGAAGAGAUUUUGAAGGAACACUUGCAAUUGGAAGAUCCCAAUACAUAUGAAACGCCAGAACCACCCACUGAAAAUUUCAAUCAGAAUAAAGCUGACAUUGUAUUCAUUCUGGAUGGCUCCAUUAACAUUGGAAGGCAAAACUUCCCGCGCCUCACGGAGUUUGUUUCCAGCAUAGUUGACGCUAUCUUUCUUGAUGACGGUUCUCUCCAGGUGGGAGUAGUCCAAUACAAUUCUGAUGCCAACAACGAAUUCUACCUCAAUUCUUACCUGACAAGGGACAAUGUUCUCAAGGCUAUUGAGGGUAUAGUGUACAAGGGAGGCACAACCUUGAACACAGGGGCAGCCUUGCGCUUUGUUAAGAACAAUCAAUUCAGCAAGUCGGCGGGGAGCAGGAGUGAAGAAGGAGUUCCGCAAAUCACUUUCCUAUUAAUUGGCGGCAAGUCCAGCGACAAUGCCGUGGCUGCGGCAAUGGAGCUGAAAACUGCGGGAUUCAAGAUUAUCACCAUUGGCGUGCAGGACGCGGACGUAACUGAAAUUACCCAAAUCGCAAGUGAACCAGCCGUGGUCUUCAGAGUGUCAGAUAUGAACACGCUCUCUGAACUGACCGAGCAAGUCUUAUUAGCCACGACCGAUAUCAUUGCUGGCGAAGGUCAACUCUGCCCACUAUUAAAUGACGUUGCAAGAAGUUGCAACAUUGAUGUUGUAUUUGGCUUUGACAUCAACACACGCGAUGCGUUCGGAUUGGAGCCAGGAUUCAGGACCAAAGUGAAGGAUACUCUGUAUAGGAUUUCGCAGCUGCAUCCCAUAAGCUGCACCGGAACUCAGUCCCCCAUUCUCAGAAUGGGAUUCUCAGCUUUCGGGGAAGAUGGACAAAUUCGUAGCAUGAACUUGGUGGAGUAUCAAUCCGAAAUUAUGACUGAAUUCGACAAAUUAGCAGCUAAUGGUCCUUAUGUCUUUGGAACAAGCGCCUUAAAUGCAUACAAGAGAAUUUUCCAGUCUGCCAGAUCUGGUGCAGUAAAGAUUAUUAUCCAUUUCACUGACGGCAUUGAUGAAGACUUUGCUUCAUUAAAAAGACAGGCUGAGACGUUACGACAAGAAGAUAGCGUGCAUGCACUGAUACUGGUGUCUUUGGAAAAAGUGACUGGGUCUGCCGACGUUUCAUUGUUGGAAUUUGGACGUGGAUUUAGAUACAGGAGACCGCUUUCUAUCACCCAUCAUGAUUUAGAAUAUGAACUGGGAGAAGAAAUUGACAACAUUGCAGAGAGAGUGUGCUGUAACAUCCAAUGUAAGUGUGCUGGCCGACCAGGCGACAAGGGUCCUCAAGGUCCACGUGGGCAGAAGGGUUCACCAGGACCCAAAGGUAUCGUCGGUCAUCCAGGCUAUGAAGGUGGAGUUGGUGAAAGAGGUCAUCCUGGUAUAAACGGAACUCAAGGAUUCCAAGGAUGCCAGGGGAAAAGUGGAUUUAAGGGUUCUUUUGGAUACCCAGGAGAAAAGGGUCAAAUGGGAGAACUGGGCCUGGAUGGAAUAGAUGGGGAACAGGGGGCAUACGGAGUUCUUGGAAAAUCGGGAGAAAUCGGCAAUCCAGGAACAUGGGGUUCAAAAGGUGUCAAAGGUUCAAUGGGAGAGAGAGGUGACCAUGGUUAUCGUGGUGAUCCGGGUGAACCCGGACUCACCAAUAACCAGAAAGGAGCCAAAGGACAAAUGGGUGACAUGGGCUUGGUGGGAGAUUCAGGUGGAGAUGGACGUCCAGGGUCACGAGCCCCAGCUGGAAGUAGAGGAUCGCAGGGUCGCCGAGGAGCACCAGGAAAAAGAGGUGGAUCAGGAAACCCCGGGACCGCAGGGCCUCCAGGAUUGUCAGGGUUUAGAGGCCAACUAGGUGAACUUGGGUCAUCUGGAGCUCCAGGACGGGGAGGUGUACUUGGUAUCCGAGGUCCAAGGGGACCGGCUGGUGGUGAAGCACCAAAUGGGCCAAGAGGGAAAAUUGGAGUGAACGGAAGAAAGGGUGAGCCUGGGGACCCUGGAAAGAAGGGUGAAGUUGGCCCCACAGGUCCACGUGGAGAAAUGGGUGAAGAUGGAGUAAAUGGAAUUGGCAAACAUGGGACCAAAGGCAGACAGGGUGAACGAGGUCCUGUGGGACCCCUGGGAGUAAAGGGUGAUCUUGGAGUCAAUGGGGAUCUUGGAAAAUUAGGCAUGACAGGAAACAGAGGUCGCAGGGGCCUUUCUGGAAACCCUGGAGAUGUUGGAGAAAAUGGAGAUACAGGUUAUACUGGCCCACAGGGUGCAAAAGGACCAAGCGGAAGAUCUAUUGAGACAUGUGGGAUUGUUCGUCAAAUCAGAGACACAUGCCCUUGCUGUUAUGGUACAGGUGGGUGCCCUGUCUAUCCGACUGAGCUGGCCUUUGUGGUCGACACAUCCAACUCCAAAACUGCUAAUCAGCUGAUGAACAUCAAGAAUGCUAUUCUCAACAUAGUUCAGCAGCUGAACAUAGUAGAGGGCAACUGUCCAAAGGGAGCCCGCGUUGCCAUCCUGACGUAUAACAGUGAGAUCGUCACCGAGAUCCGAUUCAGCGGCGCCCACAAUAAGCGAAGCCUCCUCGAACAGAUUAAAAACCUGCAGUUUGUCCCGUCGAGGAAAGUCUCAAGUAUUGACAACGCCAUGCUCUUUGUGGCGAGAAACACAUUCAAGAGGGUGCGGAGCGGGAUUUUGAUGAGAAAAGUGGCAGUGUUCUUCAGUGAUGGACAAACCAAGCCCAGAGACCUCAAAGAUGGCAUCACAAAACUAGCCAGUGAGGAUAUCAUCUCCGUCUACCUCUCACCUCGAGAAGACAGGGCGCUCAACCAGGCACUGCAGAAAAACGAAGCCGGGAUUUCACAAUUCUUUGUUUUCCGUAAUGACAACGAUACACUCAGCAAGGUGAUGGCAUGCCACAUAUGUUUAGAUUUUUGUGAAGUCAACACAGCUUGUGACAGUAAACUCUUCCGAAGUAAGAGGUCAAUGGCACCCACUGAUAUCGACUUGGAUAUUGCAUUCAUCUUAGACAGCUCAGCAACUAUCAAUCCAACCCAGUUUGUGGAGAUCAAAAGAUACAUUACUUAUGUGGCAGACCAGUUGGAGAUUAGCAAAGACCCUGCAACCUCCAACCAUCAGGCUAGGGUAGCCGUGGUCCAGCAGGCAUUGUAUGAUUCUCAAACGAAUAAUAGCUUCAAUCGAGUGAAAACUGAGUUCUCUCUCACUGACCACCGUUCCAGCCAAGAUAUUGGAGAGUACAUCCAAAACAAGAUGACACAGCUGGAAGGGACAAGAGCAACAGCUCAUGCUGUUGAAUGGACCGUCAAAAAUAUUUUUGAGAAGGCACCCCAGCCAAGGCAAUUCAAACUUAUUGCUCUCAUGACCACGGGAGAUCUUCCAGAGGCUGAGAAGGAGCGGCUGGAGACGGUCAUAGCAGACGCCAAAUGCAAAGGCUUCUUCAUUGUUAUAUUCAAGAUGUUUAAGAAGCUGAAUGGGCAGGAUCUCAUGAACCUGGCAAGUGAGCCUCAAGAUGUGUACUUCAAGUCAAUUAACGAGAUCUCAGAACUCCACAGCGAAGAUUUGUUGAGGUUUGCACGCCAGCUCCCGAAGUACAUCAGAGCUGAGAAUGCAUUCCACUUGUCCCAGGAGCUGCAGAAGCGAUGUGGGUCGCUCCAAAGUGACCAGCCAAGUGAGAUGUUUGGGAAUGCUGACCAACAGGUCACGGCGGAUGUUCCGAUGGCUGCAGAGAAACUUAUGGGAAUGGAAUUAUUUGCCUCCAGUGUUACAGAAGACAGUAUUGUCCUACGUUUUUCUCAGGCUGAAGCUCAACUCAGAGAUAGUUAUGAAGUUACUGUGGUCGAAGUGAGCCAGAACCUCCUGGUUGCAAAGCUGAACAUCAGUGAUCCUGAAAUUGUUAUCAAGGAUUUGGAAACCGGAGAACAAUACAGGAUUACUGUGAUAGGAUUCUCCGAGUCCAGAGCAAAAUCUAUUUACAGUGGAUUAUUUACAACAGAAAAAUCAUCGGAAGCCAUUACGGGAAGCGUAACAACACAAGUCAUUAUGGAGCCAAUUGAGAAUCCCGAAAUAGAUCGGUGCAUGCUGGAUUUUGAUGCUGGAUCACAGUGUUCAGAUUAUAGUGCAAAAUGGUUCUUUGACAGCAAAAACAACAUCUGCACUCAAUUUUGGUAUGGCGGCUGUGAUGGUAAUGGUAAUAGGUUUCACACAGAAGCUGAGUGCAAUGCAGAAUGCAUGAAAUCAUUGCCAGAAGCAACCACCGUGCCUGAACCUGAAGGACUUUUGUCAGCUAAGGACAGAUGCCAGUUAACACGGAAUGAAGGAACUUGUCGGAACUUUUCCCUCAAAUGGUACUAUGAUGUAAAGACUGAAACAUGCUCUCGGUUCUGGUAUGGUGGAUGCAAUGGGAAUGAAAACCGAUUCAGUACACAGGAUGAAUGCUCCAAGACUUGUAUCCAAGGACGGGUUCAAACCGAAAUGAUCACCACAAUGGGGACGUAAAUGAAGUGGCAGCUCCGCUGUACAUAUACCUCUGAUCGGAGCAAAACCUUCAGCCUGCCAUCAACCCCAAUAUGCUAAAGGUCCACAGAUAUCUUGCACUGUACUUGUAAUAGCUUUCAAUAAUCGAAUGUCCAGUUUGUUUUUUAAACCUGCGUGGUACAAUGGUGCUAAUGUCGUGGCUGCGUGUUAAACUUGUGUGGAAGUAAUCUGUGUGCUAUUUCAUACAUGGACAUUUAUUCACCUUAUUCCUCUUGUCUGCCGUUUUAAUUUUUUCACACUCCACAUUAGCUUUUCUAACAUUGACUCCACACAUUUUUGUAAACAAAAUUGUUGGUGAUUAACACUACGAUAAUUUAAAAAGAUACACAGAACAAAAUCUUAUACAAUCUUAUACAAAUUACUUUUGAGAAAACACUUUACAAACUGCUUCCAUUGUAUGUAUAUGCUUUGAUCAUUUUUUUUGAAUGAAGUGGAUUUAUUUCAUCUUUGACCUGUUUGCAAAAUUGACACAUUCUUGCAAUUUCUGUGCAGAUUCAACCUAUGGCCACACAAUUGCAAAAAUGAUCUUUAGUAUUUUCUACAAAAAGGAAUCUUUUUGUCAAAGAUUUUCAAAGAGUCACUAUUUUCUUAAAGGUUUCUCUCUUUGUCGCUUUCAUUGAGGGAACUAUAUAUAUUUUUGGAAAAUUCUUGAAUAAUUUGGUAAUGUUUUAAAUUAUGCACAUAUGUGCACCUUAAUGCUCAUUUGGGCUAUUUGAAACCACAUAAAGACAGCUUUAGAAUAUUUUUUUUUGAAAUUCAACGAGGAUUACACUUCAAGGCAAACAAGUUUCAAUUCCAGGCUUUAAUGUAUGGAUCAUUUUUAAUGUUUUAUUUCGAUGACAGUUAUAUUGUAUGACUUUUAUGAAGAAAUGUAUGAGAGACUUUCUAAUAAAAUUGGUCUGAAAUUUGAAAAGA